AAUGUCGCGGAGACCUUAUCACCUCGGAAAACCUUGCCAAAUAUGCCAAAUGCCGCGAGUUAAUCAAUGGGCUCCACCUAACAAACCACCAAUUUCCCGACAACUUGUCCACAUUUUCAAAUGUUUACCUUAUCAACGGAAACGUAGAAAUUUCAAACACCAAUCUAACAAGUUUGGCAUUUCUAGCCAACGUGACAAAGAUCGUAACGCCAAAUAUGCCGACAAGACGCGAAGUUGCGGUGAAUAUCCGGGAGAAUUCUGAAAUGACACAUUUGGGAAUGCCGCUGCUGGAGAGCAUCUCGAAUAGUCUCCUUGGACCUGUGAUCAUGAAUCUGGAAAACUUGCACCCAGACUUUUGCCUCAAUAUCGACGAGCUCCAGCUCCUUCUCACCCAUAGAGUAGAAUUUCGAAACCUCCACGCAACCUACUGCCCUGACUUUGAAAAUUCCGGUAGACGAGUACUAUACAAGACGUGUAAAUUCCAACAAAUGAGCUCACUGGAAUCAAAUUGCUCAAGUAUUUAUGGUGAUGUGGUUGUCGAUGCAAGUGAUGGGCGCCACCUGCACAAACUGUUCUCGCUGGAAUAUUUCACAUCAUAUCCACCUACCCGGAACCUGUAGUCCUCUACGAUAAUCCUGCUCUGUUCAGCAACAACGAUGAAUGCCUAAUGUAUCGAGUAUCCUAUGAAACUAACGUCAAAGUCAGCGCUGAUUGUGGUAUGUGGUUGGUUGUGGUGCUAAAAGAUCUCCAAAGGGUUCUUUUCAGAAAGAACAUCGUACAAGGAACCAGUCUACUGAAAAGGUGCAAUUCUAAUAGCAAUUGCAUUUUAUCAAAAACAAUGUGA